UAACGUUCCGAGCAAAUGUUUUGUCUCCAUAGCAACAUGCUUCGGCAAUCCUCGGUAACCUUCGGGACUUUCCGUGUAGUGACUUCCUGUUGAUUCCGCUGCGUUCGGAAGAUUGGCAGACAUCUCCUCAACUUCGUCAUCACAAGAAAAGCAACAAAUUAUGUUGCAGCGUCAUGUAAUAACAACUGUGUGCAGAAACCAGUGAUGUAAUGCUGACCAUGCAGGCAUCCAAUGUACCUCAGCUCGUUAUCAAGGAGGUUGAGAGGAAUAACAGGAACAGACGGACUUUCGUUCAAGUAUCGCGGGACACAUGUGGUGAGAACUUCUCUCCAGGCGAAGACAACCGCGUCUUCUUCGGGUACCAGCAACACUCACAUCCACACGGACAGCCACACUUCAACCAGCCUAUUGCAGUAGCUAGCGUCUUACCGGCCUUACCAGAAGACAACCACCCCAGCCCAAACUUCCGUUCACGACAUUACCAUAAACUUACCUUUCUCUUCGUGAAGAGGGACUUUCAGCAGAUGGGUUACGGGCGUCUGAUGACAGAGCACAUAGAAAGGGCGAUGACCUCGUCCCUUCCUCGGCCAAUCCGAGUCGAGAGCGCGGCGAAGGCGGUGCACUUCUUUGAAAGGCUUGGCUACUCCACCGUAGGGGAGCCCAUUGAGUGUGUCUGUGCUGGAACGUUUUUGUUCCGCACUUUACAGAACAUGGAGAAGCAUGUCUCAUGUUAGGAAACACGUCACGUUCUCGAUCGCGAUGUCAUACCCCGAAGCAAGGUGAAACUCAGUCGAACUUUUGAAGAAGUGAUUUUAAUUUUUACAGGAAUGUUACUGGGAAAACGUCAAUCGACCCUGGUAGUCAUGUCGUGUGGUGUGACUACUGUUAUGAAUUAUCUAUUGCCAAUUUAUCCACGGCCUGAGGGCGUUAUGUAACCUACUUAUUUGAAAGAUAGAAUUUAUUCAUGAGUUAUUCAUUUCAGAUAUGUAGUGGUAUCCGUGCACUAUCGACCUAGAUGUACAGUCAACAAAUGUCACUGUAUAUCCUCGGCCUAUUGUUAUUGUCACUGAAUAAGUCUAAAACACUAAACGAUGUAUGCUGAAAUGCCUGAAUUCCGGUGUUUUUUUUAUGUCGUCAGUGAUAUCAUGAUAAACUGUAUGAAUUGCGUAUAUUGGUAAAGUUAUUCGUUUAUUAAUUUUGCCUUACACUAAAUUAAACCUUACACUAACUGAGUGAAUGAAUGCUUUCAAACUCCCAAUGUGUAUUUCAAACAUAAAACCCGCACACUAUAAUGUAACGUAGCUGGUCCAGCAUUUUACGCCAUCGUGACAUGUCUAUGGAGUAGACGCCUCCUAACGACAUACACACAAACUGUUUCAAAGAAAGCUAAUGUAAACUGUUCUUUAGAUACUCCCCAACACAUACGUCUUACUUUCUGAACUUGGUGGAUUGUUUCGUUAACGUUUAUUAAUUUCUUAACGUAACGACAUAUGGCAUAUUUUCAUUAAGAUUUUGAUUGCCGUCAAAUACUACAAUAAAGAGACUACAUGCCUCACAACAAGAUUUAAAAAACAAAUUCAACUAUGUCAACUUGAAGUGUCAAAUUACAAAAUUAAAUAUAAUCUCUGAUAGCAACGAUAUAACUAAUUCCUCGAGGGACAAUUUCUUUUAUUUCAUUAGUAUUGCCGACUCUAGGCUGACCGUUGAUUUUAUUGAUUUUCCGUUAUUCCUGUGCGGUGCAUCCAUUACAGUUAGUAGAGUUCGCCAUUGCUUGGAAUAAUGUUAUUCUAGGUCUCAUUGUUUUUAAGCAAAGCAACACGAUCGAAGACAUUUGCAUUGCUAUCGUGUAUCGUUCGGUGUAUCGUCAUCCCCAUAAAAGUGCAUUUCAUAAUCUGAUCGAGUGUCGUCGCUGUUGCGAUGUAUAGCUGCCUUCACAUAUAGCCGAAUAUGGCCUCCAGAACACUACCGAACUCACCCCAAACCAUGUGAGUGGUUAGGAGCAGGUCGGAAGCAGGGUCGGCCAUAGUUGGCUGGUGUUCGGGAGAAGAUCAGCAGUUAUCGGGACGUGUUCAACUCAACAAAUUUUAUUUUAUAGAAAAAUACGUGUGCAUGCCUACAUCUGGUCAGGCUGCUUAAGAUCUUCAACCACCCCUGGUUGUAUGGUGGUAGGGGAAGGUUUUGAAUACUAGUACCCAUAUGUACAUGUAUGUCUUUUGAUCACGAACUCAUGAAUCAUAUUUUAGCCAUACGAGUACAUGUGUGCCAAUAAACGAAAAAUAUGAUGAGUGAUAUGAACUGUUAUUAUCAAAUUUGAUAGCAAUUUUAGGUUGACAACGGGCCAAAAUGGAAAUUUGUAAAAUGAGCACCUGAUCUGUAAUUUGCAAUAAAGUUGGACUGCUGUAGA